CUUCGAAAAGACGAGCGGCGCAGCACCGACCCGGCGCCGCAGCCGCCUCGCGGGAUUCCCGCGCCCGCACGCACGCCCGCGCCGGCGCACACGCGCACACGGCCGAGCGCGCCGCCGCCGGCAGCCCGGGCUCCCCGUCCUGAGGAGACAGCUCGCGGGGACUGCGGCCUCCCAGGACGGGCCGCAAGCCCAGCCGCCAUGAGUGAAAUUCAUGAGGACUCCUUGAAGGCCAUUCUGUUGGAGUUAGAAUGUCACUUUACAUGGAAUUUACUUAAAGAAGACAUUGAUCUGUGUGAAGUGGAAGACACAAUUGGGCAACAGCUUAAAUUUCUUACCACAAAAUCCAGACUUACUCUUUAUAACCUAUUGGCCUAUGUGAAACACCUAAAAGGCCAAAAUAAAGAUGCCCUAGAGUGCUUGGAACAAGCAGAAGAAAUAAUCCAGCAAGAACACUCAGACAAAGAAGAAGUACGAAGUCUGGUCACUUGGGGAAACUAUGCCUGGGUGUAUUAUCACAUGGACCAGCUUAAAGAAGCUCAGAUGUAUAUAGACAGGGUAGGGACUGUCUGCAAGAAAUUGUCCAGUCCUUCCAACUACAAAUUGGAGCGUCCUGAGAUUGACUGUGAGAAAGGGUGGGCACUCUUGAAAUUUGGAGGAAAGUAUUUCCAAAAGGCUAAAGCAGCUUUUGAGAAGGCUCUGGAAGUGGAACCUGACAAUCCAGAAUUUAACAUUGGCUAUGCCAUCACGGUGUAUCGGCUGGAUGAUUCUGACAGAGAAGGGUCUGUAAAGAGCUUUUCUCUGGGCCCUCUGAGGAAGGCUGUUACUCUGAACCCAGACAACACCUACAUUAAAGUUUUUCUGGCACUGAAGCUUCAAGAUGUACAUGCAGAAGCUGAAGGGGAAAAGUAUAUUGAAGAAAUCCUGGACCAAAUAUCAUCCCAACCUUAUGUCCUUCGUUAUGCAGCCAAAUUCUACAGGAGAAAAAAUUCCUGGGACAAAGCUCUUGAACUUUUGAAAAAGGCCUUGGAGGCGACACCAACCUCUUCUUUCCUGCAUCACCAAAUGGGACUUUGCUAUAGGGCACAAAUGAUCCAAAUCAAGAAGGCCACUCGCAACAGACCUAGAGGAAGGGAUAAACUGAAAGUUGAUGAGCUGAUUACAUCUGCCAUAUCUCAUUUUGAAAUAGCUGUGGAGCGAGACUCUAUGUUUGCGUUUGCCUACACGGACCUGGCCAACAUGUAUGCUGAGGGAGGUCAGUAUAACAAAGCUGAAGAGAUUUUCCAGAAAGCCCUUCGUCUGGAGAACAUAACUGAUGAUCACAAACAUCAGAUCCACUACCAGUAUGGCCGCUUUCAGGAAUUUCACCGUAAAUCAGAAAAUACUGCCAUCCACCAUUAUUUAGAAGCCUUAAAAGUCAAAGACAGGUCAUCGCUACGCACCAAACUGACAAGUGCUCUGAAGAAAUUGGCUGCCAAGAGACUUGGUCACAAUGCUUCAGAUGUGCAGAGUUUAAGUGCCCUAGGGUUUGUUUACAAGCUGGAGGGAGAAAAGAGGCAAGCUGCUGAGUACUAUGAGAGGGCCCAAAAGAUAGAUCCAGAAAAUGCAGAAUUCCUUACUGCUCUCUGUGAGCUUCGACUUUCCAUUUAAAUACAUACUCUAGGAAAUUAAUUGUAAGCUUUUCUCUCCAUUUGAGUUCUUAUAUUUUUGUUUAUUGUUUUAAUCCAUUGUUCAUUGUAGAGCCAAUAUUAUUGAAUGGUCAUUAUGCACCAGGCAUUACGCUAAAUACUUUAUAUACAUUAUUAUGAAUCUUUUGCUAUUUUCUAUUUUAAUUAAAAUAUUGUAAUCCAUUGAGAAAUAGCAACCUUCCAGCUGUUGUAAUUUUUUUAAAUGGUAUGGCCGUUGUGACUUUAUACACUUUAUCUCUGCUACUUAUAAUAAUUUUCUGAUUAAAUUUUGUCACAUUCCCAUAUUAUUCAUUCAUGCAGUGAAUAUAAUCCUACAUAAGCCUUUGAACCUAGGUCAGGAACACUCUUUCAGGAAUAUAAGAUUAGUUAAGCUCUUAACUAUGCAGCUUGCAAAACAUGGAACCUUCCAGUUACAGAUGUUCUGACUUUGAUGAGGAUGUUUAACCAUCAACCUGAUAGUCACCUAAAGAAUCCUCUUUGUUGAAAGAAAAAAGUUGAUAAUAAUUAGUUUGUCAUCUCUGCUGACUUCAAUAAAAGGAGACAAACUAGAGCAUGAGAAAAAAGAUUUCCUCAAAUACAGAACUUUAGGGACCCAUCAGAAAUCUGAAGUAUUAUAUCCCAAAAUGUUCAUUGACUAUCUAGAAAGUUAUGAGAAAAAAAUGAAUAAUAAAAAAUCAUUAGUCUCAAGUUUCUCUGGUUCUUUUAACUAGAAGAAUA